UGCGUUGAGCGAGCACGUCCGCGUCCGUCCCCACUCUCCAUAAUCUCAGACGGUGGUGUCAUUUACCCUGGCUUGAAGCUAGCAUUGCUCCGCUCUGUAGGAAUAUUAAGUCAGGUGUGGUUCAUCGUAACAUAACGUCUUUUAAGGAACUCACUGGGGGUGCAAGGCCGGCGACCGGGGCAGGGCAUGGGUGACUAUGCUCUCUCUUAAUGUUUAAGCGUUUUGGAGAUUGUCUCUUCGUAUUGGACACUUUCUUUCAGAGAUUUAGGUUGGGAGCUGAAAUUUCUACUGGACAGGGUACAAUACCCUCUCAUUUGAUCCAGUUGCAGUAGUGUCACACUCUAGUUUCUUGGAUUUGAAUUUUCUCAGUGUUGUUUCUACUGAAGAUGCACCAACUGGCUGAAGGCUGACUGACAAGGGAGCGCUAGGGGGGCAUUUGCCUCUCAGUCUGCAAAAGAUAUGUGUUGUGCUGAAACAUUAUGUGCAUAGAGCAAUACAAGCUGUAAAUUUUCAGCAUAUGUUAAUACAACAUGUAAAUCUGUAACCUCAGCACAUGGUCAUCACCAAAUUCAGAGUAUAGGGAGCCAAUGUUUCAGGGCAUUGUGAUUUUGCAUAGGGCAAGUCUCAGGCAGCAAUACUCACUCAAAGCAUUUUUCACCUAGAAUAUAUGUGAAAUUCAGCUUAGUUUGUCUUGGGCUGAGUUAAGUGCACACAGGCUUGAGGUUCAGCAUGCCAAUACUAAAUGCCAUUUUUUGCAGAUAGGUUGACGUCUGCAGUUAACAAUACAGGUUGUUUGUGUUUCUACUUCCUUGGUCAGGUAACAUGCUGCUAUGAUAUGACAUGUGCUGUUGGCUGUUACAUGCUGAUUUUUCUCCCAUAGGUCAAAAGGGAUAAAUAAAAAUGUUAUCAAUAGUAAAGCCUCAUAUAUUACAUCAUGGUGAAUUGAUGGGUCCAUGGAUUAACAAAACACAGCAUCACAUGUUGUCAAGUAAUUCAGCAUUGCAGUCCAUGAAGGAAAAGCUUGGCUCAAUAAUGACAACAUAUGAACAUUACAUCGGAAUUGCAGAUGUUACUGCAGCUCAAGACCGAGUCAUACAGGCAGAGGAGCUGUUCCUUCGAGCACAAGCCCAGAGGAGAGAGCAGCAAAUACACAUCAACCAUGUGCAGGCGAAGCUCAAGGAUCUCCAUGCUGAAAUUGCUAAGACCAGUAGAGGAGAGGAUCGAUAUUUGUCUCUCGUCACGGAGGAACACCGGGUGCUGCGUGAAGAGAACACAUUGAAUGCUGAAUAUAAGGUGUUUGAGAAGGCAGAACAGGAACUCUUCACAGCUCUUUCAAACGCAGUGCGCACAUCGCAUGAAAAGGAGCGGGCGCAGGCUGAAAAAACGAAGUACUGGUCGAUCAUUGGCUCGGCGGCCGGUGCGUUUAUCGGCAUUGUUGGCACUUCGAUCAACAAUUGGCUACGGAUGCGCGAGCUGCGCGACAUCGCCUCUUCGUCAGCAGAAGUUCCCCAAAGAUUGCAGGAAAAUGUGGCCCUGCUGACGUCCUCGGUGGAGAACCAGCAGAACGAAGUCAAGAAAGCGAUGCAUUCCAUAGAGGAGCUGUUCGGCGCGCUGCCGCUGGCCAGUGUCAGCCACGCGGCGCCCGACGCCAGCCGGCUGAACGUGCAGCUGGGCGAGCGCUUCGCCGAGGAGGUGGCGGCACAGCUGGCGCGGCUGGAGCAGCAGCAGGCCGGCCUGCGGCGUGAGCUGGCCGCCGGCGUCUGGCAGCAGGCGGCCGCCGGAGACCCGGAGCCGCUGCAGCUGAUGCUGCUGGAGCACGAGCGGCGCGUCGAGCGGCGCCUCAUGCAGGCCUCGGCCUCACUGGCCACCGUCGGCGUCAUCUGCGGCGCCCUGCUGGCCGUCGUGCUCUCGCGCACGUUUGGCGGUUAGGAGCGGCCCAGCCGUGCGCCGCCUGAGGCUACUGGAUCGUGCUGCCGGUGCGCGGGCGAGUCUUGCCCUCGCUCCUCGCAUGCGCCCAGUGUUG